AUGCAUACUGGUGAAAAGCCUUAUACAUGUACAGCAUGUGGAAAAUCUUUUACACAACAAGGUAAUCUUCAGCAGCAUCAGAGGAUCCAUACUGGGGAAAAGCCUCAUGAGUGUGCAACAUGUGGAGAGGAAUUCAGACAUGCACACUCUUUAAGGAGACACCAAAUGAGGAGACACACUGGUGAAAAGCCUUAUGAGUGUGCUUCAUGUGGGAAAGCUUUUGCAGACAAGUAUACUCUUCAUAGACAUCAGCAAGUCCAUAUGGAAGAAAAACCACAUCGUCUUACCAAAGAUACGCGCACUGAAAAAAAGCUGUAUCCGUGUUCAACAUGUGGAGUGGCAUUUACACAAAUGCAAAAUCUGAAAAGGCAUCAGAAGAUCCAUACUGAACAAAAGCCCCAUCAGUGUGCCACAUGUGGAAAGGCCUUUGCACGAAAAUGUCAUUUAAUUGUACACGAAAGGACUCAUUCUGGACAAAAGCCUUACCAGUGUGCAACAUGUGGAAAGGCCUUUGUAAAAUCAGAUAAUUUAAUUGCACACGAGAGAACUCAUUCUGCAGAAAAACCUUACCAUUGCAGCACAUGCGGCAAGGCCUUUUCACAAUUAGGCAAUUUAAAAAUACAUCAGGCUGCUGUACACAAUACUGGUGAAAAGCCUCACCAGUGUGCAAAAUGUGGAAUGGCUUUUGCGGUCAAAUCGUAUUUGACUGCACAUCAGAAAAGAUGCAAUUACAGUGUACCGUGUGUGUGAAGUCCUUUCCAUAGAAAAACUCUCGUACUCAUAGGAGGACUCUCACUGACAAAUGCCUUACCACUUAUAACCUGUUAUACCAAAUACCAAAACUUAUUUCAAACAAAUGGCCAUUUUUGGAAAGGUCUUGAGAAUACACAGAAUAUGAAAAGGCAUUUGUUGAAGGUGUAUUUGUAAACACUGCUUACUUUUUAGGAGAAAUCCAUAAUCACACAGAGUGAAUGUUAUACCUGUAGAUGGUAACAGUUUUUAACUUUUUAAUGUGUUUAUAUAUCGAUUGUUGAUUUCUAAAAUAUCUUAACUAGAGACUAAUAAUCAUAUAUGCCCUCACAUUCCCAAUGCAAACACAUGCCAUUAACAUACAUACUUUGUACAUACACAAACCCAUCCAUAUUCCCAUGGCACUGUCUUUCUGUCUAAUGUAUUUUAGUUUAAAUAACAAGGAGUCGAAGACUGACUUCAUUGAUAGUUUUGUAGCAGCAACUGGGUUUGACUUUGAAUAAUGAGAUCAAUGCUCUCAGAAACAAGUACGCCUACACCUUUGGUCAUCUUGUCUGUUUGUAUAAAGAAACAUUUAUUUUAUGUAGGACGGACAAGAUUCUUGUAUUGGAUCAUGUGUAUUCGACUUUGUAAAUAAUCACUGUAUGUGACUGUCUAUAAGGGAUGUAAUGGGUUGAGGGUGGUUUAGCAAUUGUACACCAACAUG